CUCGCCGAGACGACGGAAGGACAGAGCUGCCCGAGUUCCGUUUUACGUGAAGACUAAAAUCAUCAUAGGAAGCAGACUGAACAUGGAAACGACAGGACACGGGUCUCCCAUCGAACAGAACUGGUGUUCUGGGUCUCCCACCGAGGAUUCACAUGUCGAUUGUGACAGCAAAACAAGCAACGCUGGGGACCAGGCGGCAGCACAAGUCAACUUGGAUAACGCUGGUGAGAAACCCUACAUGUGCGGGAAGUGUGGGUACAGGGCAACUUUAAAGUCUACCUUAUCCCAACAUAUGAGAACCCACACAGGAGAAAAACCCUACAAGUGUGACCAGUGUAGCUAUUCUUCAGCACAGCAAUCUUCUUUAAAUUUACAUCUAUCAAAGCACUCUGGUGAGAAACCCUACAUCUGUGGGGAGUGUGGGUACAGGACAGCUAUGAGGUCCAACUUGUCCCAACAUAUGAGAACCCAUACAGGAGUAAAACCUUACAAGUGUGACCGGUGUGACUAUUCUGCAGCACACAAAACCACUUUCAACCAACAUCUAGCAAAACACACCGGUCAGAAACCCUACAUGUGUGGGGAGUGUGGAUACAGAACAGCUUCGAGGUCCCACUUAUCCCGACACAUAAGCAUCCAUACAGGAGAAAAACCAUACAAGUGUGACCUGUGUGACUAUUCUGCAGCUCAGAAAUCAGACCUGGUCGUUCAUCUAUCAAAACACACCGGUGAGAAACCCUACAUUUGUGGGGAGUGUGGAUACAGGACAACUCAAAAGGUAACCUUAUCCCGACAUAUGAGAGCCCAUACCUCAGAAAAAACCUACAAGUGUGACCAGUGUAGCUAUUCUACAGCCUCUAAGUCUAUCCUAACUCAACAUAUGAAAAUCCACACUGAGGCACCGUAACACUGUAACUCUGCAAUUGUUACAACCUCGUAUAAAGACAUUUAGCACACACAGUAUUAUAACUAUAGCUUAAGGAUAUAUCACAUUCAUAACUAUUCUGUAAGACCAGAUAUUUGUGAGUAGGCGAAGGUUUUUCCAUUGGAAAGUUAUGUACUUUGGUCAUUUAUCACGACUAUGGUUCAGUCUAAGUAUAAUUGUUAGCAAACCUCAUAUACUUCCUUAAGAUAUUAAUCAUUUUCAACCCUUAACCAUCCUCGCUCUAUAGUAUUGUAGUAGAAAAAAGCAGUAAACUUGAUGAUAUUGGUUGAAUAAUGUAAAUGUACAUUAACCAUCCUCUUUUUUAGGUAUAAUAUUGUAGUGGAAAAAAACAGUAAACUUGAUGGUAUUGGUUGAAUAAUGUAAAUGUGCAUCAUCAGUAAUCGGUAAGUGACUGUAGACGUUAGUUCUGAGUUUGUAUAAAAGAAGGAGCUUCGAUUUUUACUGUUAAUACAUAUGUAGAUUGCUCUGUACUACAAACAGAUAUCUUUGGACUAAUAUCAACAGUAAAUAAACUAGCAUUUGGUUCGUA